AUGAAUAAAGAGCAGAUUCGUGCCUAUAUUAAACUGCGUACUGCACUUAACAUGCAGCCGAAAUCCAUCUUUGACGAAUUAUGUACAGCUUUGAGAGACCAAGCUCCAUCUUACAAUACGGUUGUAAGAUGGUCAAAAUUAUGUCGUGAAGGUCGGGAAGAAGUUGAAGAUGAACCACGACCUGGUAGACCUGUAACCGAGACAACAUCCGAUAAUAUUGAAAAAGUUCUUCACCUUAUUGAUAAUGGUCCUUAUUUUACUAUUGAUGAAAU